AUGCUCGACUUCGGCAUGGCACGCAAAUUUGUCAAGGAAGAUGGCACGCUUAGAAAUCCAAGGGCCCGUGCUGGAUUUCGUGGAACGGUGAAGUACGCACCUUUAGCAUGCCAUGUGCAUCGUGAACAGUGCAGAAAAGAUGACAUCGAGAGUUGGAUGUACAUGCUCGUCGAGAUUACCUGCGGUCGAUUACCUUGGCGAAAUUUGACGGUGUGUUUUAUUCGCGAGGUAAACAAAGAAGGCCACUUUAGGAAUCGAAUGAUGUCGGCCUUUUCAAGAAAGAUUGCAAAGGUGAACGCUAUCGUUGCUUGUUUGGUGGAUGUCCUCGAGAAUACUUGGAAGAUAUUCCCAAUCCUUGACAAAGGCAAAUUCUUUGACGCACCAGACUAUCCAGCUAUCUACAAGUUACUGGAAUCGGCUCUUCAUAGUACUCGUGCUCAAGAGUUUCCGUAUGAUUGGGAAAUGUAA